AUGGCUUUAUACGAAAAAGAAGAUAAAGUUACAUAUGGUACUGAUAAAGAGGGCGAAAUUACAUACCUUUUUCCCAAAAAAUCGAAUGAAGUUCAGAAGUACUCCAUCACCAAAAGUCUUAAAACUAAGGAUACAAUUGUUGUCGAUGAGACUGAUAUAACUGGCUAUGUUGAUAAAAAGUAG